UUGUUUGUGUGAAAUACCAAUAAAAUUCAAUGUAUUCUGUACGCAGGAAUGGUGUCUAAAUUUGAUGCUUAUUUUAGUGACAUUUUUCGGGAUUUUGGGCAAAAAAACGGGGUGGGGUGUUGUAACUCCUAAGGGAAAAAUCACAAAGCCGGCCCAGUUUGUCUUUUAGAGUUGUUGGGUGGUACCUUAAUUCUGGCAAAGUUUCAUCUAAAAAGGAGAGAUGGCAUGUAUCACCCCUGCCUGGUCCUAUGGUAAACUGGGUCUUAAUAUUCGCACCUUGAGAGAACAGAAGUUAAAGUUAUACUCGACCCCAGGGCUACUCAACCAUGUGACCCAAUGAAACGUAGGUUAUGGGAAAGAGAAUUAGUUAAAGCUUUCCGGUAUACCUAGCGCAUGCUUGAUUUCCGGUGUUGGUCCUAUUGUUGUUAGCCAAUCACAAGAAAGACUGACAAGACAGGCGUCUGGGAAUUUACGUUAAAGAGCUCGCUCAAUUUGGCAUUCAAAAUAAUAUGGUAAUUAAUUCUGGCUGGAUCUUCAGGGCUUGGACCGUGUAAACUUAAAAUUGGGAAAUCGGCAGAGUUAAUAAUCGCUGGAUUUCACAGAAAAUGGAAGGGUUAUCUGAAGAGCAAAUAGAAGAAUACCGAGAUGCCUUCUACAUGUUUGAUCGAGAUAACAAUGGAUAUAUUACCACAAAAGAACUGAAUAGAAUAAUGAAAACUUUGGGUUUUAACCCGACAGAAGAAGACUUACAACAAAUGAUUUUCACUGUGGAUUAUGAUGGGGAUGGAAGGUUGAACCUUGAGGAGUAUAUACAACUCAUGGAACAGCAGAAAACACCUGAAGAUACUGAAGAUGAUAUCGUUCAAGCUUUUCGCGUUUUCGACUCCGAUAACAAAGGAUAUAUCGAAUCUGCUGAGCUAAGAGAGCUGCUGGAAAGCAUGGAUUGGAAAGUUUCUGCAGACGAGUUAAAAGACCUGAUUACAAGCGCCAACCUACACCAGGACAGAAGGAUAGGAAUGGAAGAAUUCGCCUGGCUUGUGGAGCCUGAAGGCAUGCCAGCGGUUGAACAAGAGGCUGAUGGAGGCAAUGAUGAGUAAACUGACUGAUGUCAGCCCAUCGGCAAGAAAAUCACGUCUUUAAUUGCAAGAAUAUCUGAAUUGUUGAUCAUGAUUUAUCGUCGUUCCACUGGCAUAAUGAUUAUAAUCAUCAACAUCAUUAAA